GUUCAAUGUAAUCUUUGGCUCUGCCCUAGCAUCAGUCGACAAUAACCCACUAGAGACCGUGCAGCCCGUUCUCAAAGACAUGGCAUCGACGAGGCUGUCCGCCCUGGCCUUUGACCCAUGACACUUGGUAAAAGCGGCACCAUCGCCACACCUGACAGAAACUUAGCCUCGUUUCCGGUCGAGGUUUUCUCUUGCGCCUUUCUUCCUGGUGAUUAUCCUCUGCAUCGCUCUUACUACUACUCUCGACGCUCCUAAGGGCAGAGUUGUGGGAAGCCGCAGUAAGAAAGCCAGGCUGCCGACCCUGCGGGAUGGCGGAAGAACUCUCGGCGGCGCCUGUACUCUCCACGCCCGAUACACAUAUCUUGGAAGAGACUCUUCCAGAGGCUGCACAGCGUCCGCCAGAAGCCUUGUCCGACGAACAAAUCAAGACAAGGUAUGAGAUCAAUAGAACAGUCAACGAAAUCAAGCAGCGACGAUGGAAGCGAGUGGCACUGCAGUUCCCUGACCAGAUGCUAGCCCACUCAGCAAGAGUCUACCAGCUUUUGGCCAGGGGAUUGCAAGAACAAGCAAAGACGCCGGCUGGAACGGACACGAAUGGCACAGGCGGUGGAAGUCCAAAUUCGGGUGAUCCUGAUUUGUCUGGGCUUUCCAUCGAGGACACGAAGCCAGUCAUGCUCACCAUACUGGGCGACACUUCCUAUGGCUCCUGUUGCGUGGACGAGAUUGCUGCAGAGCAUGUCAAUGCAGAUGCUGUCGUCCACUAUGGCAGGGCUUGCCUAUCGCCAACUUCGAGAUUACCCGUAUUGCACAUCUACACUACGUUGGGCUUGGAAACAACCCAUGUGGUCAAGUCAUUUCAAACGGCAUUUCCAGAUCUCGGUGGAAAGGUGGUGCUAACUGCUGACGUCCCUUACGCUGCGCAUGUCCUGCCACUCGUCGAGAUGCUGCAAAACGUGGGUUACUCGAAUUUGUUUGCUGCUUCGAUUGUCCACGAUCCGUCUUCAUCAAUUCCGAAUCGGACAGUGCCACCCUCGGUCACGGAAGACCCCUCAUCCCUGUCAGAAUGGCAUCUUUUUCAUAUCUCCGAUCCACCUACGUCCCUACUGUUGACACUUCAAUCACGCAUGGCCAGCUUAAGAGUCUAUUCCACCGAUGCCGCGCACCACCCAUCGAGCUCUGCGGUCAGCUCGUCCUCUUUGGAGACUUCUACGGCUCAGCUCCUCCGCCGACGUUACGCCCUUGUAACCUCUCUCACCACCGUCCCAGUUUGGGGGAUCCUCAUCAACACGCUGUCCGUCAAGAACUACCUGUCGAUCCUAGUCCACAUUCAAUCGCUAAUCUCUAACGCGGGGAAAAAGUCGUAUCUCUUUGUUGUCGGGAAACUCAAUCCCGCAAAACUGGCAAAUUUCUCAGAAAUAGGGGGCUGGGUGGUGAUUGGAUGCUGGGAGAGUUCUUUAGUCGACAGCAAGGAGUUUUACAGACCGAUAAUUACUCCUUUCGAGUUGGAGAUGGUUUUAAAAGGAGAUGAUCAGAGAGUGUGGACGGGGCAAUGGAGGGGCGAUUUCCAUGGGGUCUUAGAGGAGGCAUCGAGGCGCAAGGAGAAUGGAGAGGGACAGACCGGGAUGUCAAAUGGAUUUGGUGAUAUGAACGGGAACCCCGAAGGCGAGGUUGACACGGAUUCAGAUUCAGAAUCUGAGCCGCCUGAGUUUGAUCUCCGGACGGGCAGAUACGUCUCCCGUACACGGCCGAUGCAGAGAUCUCGACAGCCAAUUGCGUCCAUGUCCAUCCCGAACCCCAACGCCCACGAUGUUUCGAGACUCUCAACUGCACUGACCAAACGAUCCGGCGGCACCAUGAUUACGGUGGGCGGUGUCGCCUCCCCUGCUGCCGAAUACCUUGCACAAAACCGCUCUUGGCGCGGUUUGGGUAGCGAUUUCGAGGUCAAAUACGAGGAAGAUGAAGCAGAGCUAGGUGAUGUCAUCGAGGAAGGAAGGACGGGUGUUGCAAGAGGGUACACAGUUGGAGAAGAGUUUGAGAGAACUUGAAGCGUAUCAGCGAGUGGUGUCUUUGUGACCGAGAUCUAAGGGAUGAAAACUUGUACAAUUCAUGCUCCGACUGCGCAAGGCUGGGCUCCCUUUGAUCCGACCGUUCCAAUGCCACGGCUCAACCCCUCUUCUGGUCCGUGGACCAGUGUAGACUUAUCUUUUCCAAGGUAUCCCUGAUAUUCUGUGGCGCA